AUAAAUAGCACCCUCGUCAGUUUCCUUUGAGCAUCGGUUGAUGUUUGCCCAGUCCUCCCUUAAAGAAAAAAUCAUACAUAGUUUUGUUUGAGUUGCAAAGAUGUUUUCGGGUAUGUCUGGUCUGAUCCACAAGGGGCACAAGAUAAAGGGGACAGUGGUGUUGAUGCGAAAGAAUGUGUUGGACGUGAACAGCGUAACCAGUGUUGGAGGCAUUGUCGGUCAAGGUCUCGACCUUCUUGGUUCCACCGUCGAUAAUCUCACUGCCUUCUUGGGUCGAUCAGUUUCUCUCCAACUCAUCAGUGCCACCAAACCAGAUGCCAACGGAAAGGGGAAGCUUGGAAAGGCUACCUUUUUGGAAGGUAUCAUCACUUCACUGCCAACUUUGGGAGCAGGCCAAUCUGCAUUCAAAAUUCAUUUUGAAUGGGAUGAUGAUAUGGGAAUUCCUGGAGCAUUUUACAUCAAGAAUUUCAUGCAAACCGAGUUCUUCCUUGUCAGUUUGACUCUUGAAGACGUUCCAAACCAUGGAAGCCUCCACUUUCUUUGCAAUUCCUGGAUAUACAAUGCCAAACACUUCAAAAACGAUCGCAUCUUCUUUGUCAAUCAGACAUAUCUUCCAAGCGAAACACCGGCUCCACUGGUGAAGUAUAGAGAAGAAGAGUUAGUUAAUUUGAGAGGAGAUGGAACGGGAGAACGUAGAGAGUGGGACAGGGUCUAUGACUAUGAUGUCUACAAUGAUUUAGGUGAUCCUGAUAAGGGUGAAAAUCAUGCGCGUCCUAUUCUUGGAGGGUCUGACACCUUGCCUUAUCCUCGUAGGGGGAGGACUGGUAGAAGACCAACUAGGAAAGAUCCAAAAAGUGAGAGUAGGAGCUCUGAUAUUUAUCUUCCAAGAGAUGAAGCGUUUGGACACUUGAAGUCAUCAGACUUUCUGACUUAUGGGCUGAAAUCCGUAUCUCAAAAUUUUCUUCCAGCAUUGGAAUCUGCUUUUGAUUUGAAUUUCACGCCCAAUGAGUUUGAUAGCUUUGAUGAUGUUCAUGGACUCUAUUCAGGUGGAAUUAAGCUGCCAACAGAUUUAAUUAGAGACAUGAGUCCAUUUCCCGUGCUCAAGGAAUUCUUUAGGACUGAUGGUGAACAGUUCCUUAAGUUUCCUCCUCCUAAAGUGAUUCAAGUGAGUAGGUCUGCAUGGAUGACCGAUGAAGAAUUUGCAAGAGAAAUGCUUGCUGGUGUAAAUCCAAACAUGAUUCGUCUUCUUCAGGAUUUCCCUCCACGAAGCAAGCUAGAUAGCCAAGUCUACGGUGAUCAUACCAGUCAAAUUACCAAAGAACACCUGGAGCCUAACUUAGAAGGACUCACUGUAGACGAGGCAAUUCAAAACAAGAGAUUGUUCAUACUUGAUCAUCACGACUCAAUCAUGCCAUAUUUAAGGCGAAUAAAUGCAACAUCCAACAAGGCUUAUGCCACCAGAACCAUCCUUUUCCUGAAAAACGACCGAACUUUAAGGCCACUUGCCAUAGAACUGAGUUUGCCACGUCCCGGGGAUGAUAAAUCAGGUGUUGUUAGUCAAGUUUUUCUGCCUGCAGAUGAAGGUGUUGAAAGUUCUAUCUGGCUUCUAGCAAAGGCCUAUGUGAUAGUGAAUGACUCUAGCUAUCAUCAACUAGUCAGCCACUGGUUAAACACACAUGCAGUUAUGGAGCCAUUCGUCAUAGCAACAAACAGGCAUCUCAGUGUUGUUCAUCCUAUUUAUAAACUCCUGCACCCUCACUAUCGUGACACCAUGAACAUAAAUGCCCUUGCUCGGGGAUCUCUUGUCAACGACGGUGGAAUUAUAGAGAAAACCUUUUUAUGGGGAAGGUAUUCUAUGGAAAUGUCUGCUACGAUCUACAAGGAUUGGGUUUUUACAGAUCAAGCUUUGCCAGCUGAUCUUAUAAAAAGAGGAAUAGCAACUGAGGAUCCAGAGUGCCCUCAUGGUCUUCGUCUCUUCAUAGAAGACUACCCUUAUGCUGUUGAUGGACUUGAGAUAUGGGAUGCUAUCAAGACAUGGGUUCAUGAAUAUGUUUCCUUGUACUACAAAUCAGAUGACACACUGAAAGAAGAUCCCGAGCUCCAAGCUUGGUGGAAAGAACUGGUAGAGGUGGGUCAUGGUGACAAGAAAAACGAGUCAUGG